UCUUCGUAUAAUUUGUACUCUACUACAACAAAACAAAUCCUACAGUUAUAAAUUCCUAAUUUAAUUUUGUUUAAAUUACAAAUACAUAUGCUUACAUUUUAUAACUAAUUAUACAAUUUUUAAAAAAUACCAACACAAAACAAAAGCAAAAGCGCUAAAACAAUGAGUAAACAAGUAAAGUAAACGUGUGAAAAACGUUUCGAUUUUUGAAAAAAAAAACAAAAUCUUUGAAAAUUCAUUGAAUUUCAAUCUUUUUCUUUUUUAUUGUAUCGUUUUGUAACGGUGUGCGUGGCUGAUUGUGCUUGUAUGUGUCCCUUUUUUUUGUUAGUGUUGUCGCCGAGGUCACAUUGAGGUCAGAGAGUGGGCGGCGAGAUGAAGGCGUGGCGUGAGUAAGGAUCAGUUGACCAGCUGAUCGAUCGGCAAAGGAGUUUGAAGUACAUGUAUGGAAAGAAAUGCUUUUGACUUUGGUCAAUUUUAUAUUUCGAUCGGCAUUUCCAGUAAAAUUAGCCGCAGGAUCCAUUAAUACCAUCUGGAUUUGCAGCGGUGCAUGAGAAAGAAUUACGAAAACAACCUGAUGUAAUUUAAUAAGAUGAACACUAUUAUUUUCUGGUGGUUUAUAUACCCGUUCAUGAUUUCCGUUUUAUUGCUAUAACCGAUUUAAGAUUAGAAACUGAAAAAAAUUAACAUGUGAAGUGGAGGUUAACGUAAAAUUAUUAACUAAUUCGAGCGAUUAGACAUUUUUUAGAAGACAAAACAGAUACACUGACUGUUAAUUGUAAAACAAUUUCAUUUUUCGAACCUCUAUUUUAAAGUUGAAUACAACAUAGAUUGUUUUUUUUAUUAACAUAAACGUAAAAACCUAUUCAAAUGAACUACAUACAAUAUAUGUGCAUCGUAAACGUAAUAAACAAACAAGAAUAUAUAUGAAUAAACCUACUAUAUACAACUAUAUAUACUAUAUACAUAUUAAUUAUAACAUAUAACGAUUAAACGGUAAAAUAAAUUUAAAUAUUGUAUUAAACAAAGUGUUGCACUUUCAAGCUAAAGCAGAGACAAAACAAAGAGAAUCUAAAAUUAAGUGUAAAUGUUUGUCAGCACACACACCCACACACACAUGAAUACACUGAGCAAAAAAACGUUGCAGCAAAAGUCCAAGUGCAACAUAGGUGAAGGAAGUCGAUAUGUCCAGACAUCCGGAGGAUUCACAUUCAGCAGAGUAGCGGAUAAAACACCUUUAAUCGGAUUAUUUCCUUAAGUUUUUCGUUCCCAUUUGAUGUCAUUUUGUGUAUAUGGCUUUUGUUCCUUCAUUAUUGUUGGUUUUCUUAUUGGCCAAUUGAUGACGGGUUGACAAAAUCGCGAUGAUUGAUUAUUAUCGAGAAUUGUGUAUCGUUUGUGUUUUGAUUUCUACAGCUUAUCGAACAUUUGUGUUGUCUAUUUUUUUUUGUUGCGUUUCUUUUUAUCAGAUUGGUUUCGGCUUUUCGACGCUUCGAGUGAAGAGAUCAUUGGAACCAUGAAUGAAACAAUAAUGUAAGGGUUAUAUUAUUUAACAUAUUGAUAAGCUAACAUACGAAUGAUGCGCCAAAUGCAAACCAAAAUCACUGAACAGAAUGCGUUUUUGUAUACAUUGUAUAGCUCUACGUACGUAUAUGCCUAACAAAUAGAUCUAGGUGAAGAGAGAAAUGAACUUAAUAAUACUUAUCAAUACUUUCGAUCUUAAGUUUUCUCGAAUUUGUUUACGAAUCGGAUAUGCCGACUGGUACCCAUAGUUAAAAUAAGAGAACACAAAACUCGGUACACUUCUGAUAACGCUAGAAGGCUAGAAUUUUGAAUGUGUUUUUUUCCCAUAUCCCCGAGACCUACCAGGCUUUUCUAAUCCCUCAGAACGAGAGUUGUUUUUAUGUAAUGAAGUACACUUAGCGAUUAAAGACUAGAAUGAUUUGAAAUAAGAUGAGGUUUAACAGAUAUCUAAGCUAAAUUCCUAAGACAAAACGAUUCCACCUAAGACACCUUUUUGUAAUGACUAAAUUUAUAUAGGACAAGAGGUAGAAGACCAACCAAAUAAACAAAAUGAAAUGAGAUGAAAACAAUAAGAUUAAAGAUCAACAGGCAUAUGUAUGUACACAUGUAUGUGGGUGGCAUGUUUUGUAGCUGUAUAUGAAUUUGAUUAAUUUUUAUGACUUAUGAUUUCCGUUCCUAUCGUAAAAGUAUAGUAAAAGUUUCCCGAUCAUUGUGUAGGAUGAAAUUCGUACUCGGUUAAGAGCAGUCAAUGAAUGGUAAUUGUUAAUGCCUGCAAGUUAAGAGACAAAUGAUGUAUUACUAAGUUAAACAACAGCACACUCAUCCCUUUUAAAGCCCGACUUUCGUUCGUUCUUAAGCAAAAAUUCGAAACGAGGUAUGUAUAUGGUAAUUUUAAAAUGUAACAAAUGCAGAGAAUAGUGAACAAAAACUAAUUUGUAUGUAGUUAAUAACGGAUAAUAAUAAAUACAAAAUAGACAAAAAUACGGAAAAACACAGAAAAAAAGAGGAAAACUAAGCAAAAUAACCAAAAUAAAACAAAUCGCAAAAAAACAACAAAAUUGAGACUGUAAACGAAAAGGCAACAAAAUGGUAAUGGAGCAGCUUAAAACGAGACGAGAUGUUGAACAGAAAAAGGCUAAAACACGAAACUACAACUCGUUACUCGAAUAAAUCACUGAUGAAUAGGCUACCAAAAUAAGUUCGUAUAAGGUUUUUGUUCACACGCAAAUUGCACUCAAAUUGCAUUCUUUUGAGUUUACUAUCCUAGCCAGCUCUGUGCAUUUGAUUUCCUCGUUUAUGUUGAUUUUAUGAAAUCAAGUAGACUACUUAAUAUAAAUUUACAAGUCAACAAAUUAAGAGAUUAAUGGAACCGAAUCAAGAUGACGAAGGACUAAGCGUAUGUUAGCCAAAAAGAGAACUUUCGAUGAAUUUGAAUUUUUUACGUACAGAAACAAAAGGAAACUGGAAUCUAAAACUGAUACUGAAAAAGUUAUUUGUACUUAGGUACGAGUAACCCAGAGACACAUAGAAACCUCCUAAAACUGCAUAUACAUAUAUAGGACUUACUUGUAAACCAGAUUGUAACGAUUUUAGGCAUAUAAGUGUUGCGACUUGGGUAUGUAAGGGAAACGGAAACGGAAACUUGAAGGGAAACUGGAGAGGAAGCUACGUUUUGUCACUUUCCAAGCUUUCAUUUUGACAUAAUUUCAUAAACUUUUCUACACGUACUUUUAGAUCCGAGAUGGUGAGGGAAUAAAUAGGAGUUUAACAUAAGCAUUUGAUGGCAGCUGGGCGAUCGUGGUACAGUGCUUAAGAAUAAACAUUGACGUCAGGAUUUAACUUAACUUAACUUACAUACAUAGAUACAUACAAGGACAUCAACAAAGGAAAAUAUUGAGAGUAACAAGGAGAACUUGAAAAUGAAAUACAUAUAGCGUUGCAAGAUUUUAGUUUACGGUAAACUUAAAGAAAUUUUUUACAAUGUAUUUAUACAUACCUAAAUUUAAAUUUUAAAUUAAUUCUUUAAUGUAAUACGAACACAGUGCCUAAGUAAUAUCAAAACAAAAAUCGAAAAAAAAUAAAAAGGAAAUAAGGAUUUAAAACAUACAAAACGAGAAUAAGAGCCGCAAGUAAGGACAUUGUUACUAAUAAUGCUAAACACUUAAUCGAACAACUUUUAAAACAACCGAACAGCAUUCAAGCGACAAAAGAGAAUUCAGCAACUAAAUAAACCAACAAUAAACAUUGCAUACAAAAGUUUAUAAAUAUACAUACAAGUUCUGGUGCAAGUCACAAACGCAGACAAACACACACAUACUCACACAUCCUAAAUAUGAAAAGAAGAAGAACAGGAAACGGAAGCUGAAAACCGAUCAGAAGUUAAUCCCCAAACAAAUUCGCAUAAAUGUAUAAAUGUAACACAAGCAAACAUGAAACGCAAAAGCGCUAAGUAACAACUAAUUACUAAACAAAUAAAUAAUGCAACGUACCCCCUACAUACGUCUCGUUUCUCGCACUGGAAUUGCGUAUAAGCCACAUACAUAUAUUCUUCCCUUACUCCGUGUAUCCCGUAUCCUGUAUCCUUUGUCCUGUAUCCUUAAAGGGCUAUUCAGUCAAUAGAUUUGAUUUAUUUGAACAUGCCACGUACUCAAAAUGACAUCAAAUCGAAACUUGUAACCCCUUCGUUUGCACAUUGGAUUGGUCUAUUAGAAAACCCCGAAUAAAGGUUUUUAACUAAAUUGUUUUGCGUUGAAAUCAUUUGAGAAAGAACACACAAAAUACAUGAGGAGUAAAAAACAAUAAAUGAAUUACAACAAAUUAAUUAUACAUUUUGAAAUUAUAUUUAACGAACAAAAUUAAUGUAGUGUGUAAAGAAAAGCAAACAAAACAUGAAAGUAAAACAAGUUUUAAGCAAAACAAAAUACUUUGAAUAUAUACAUAAAUUGCAAGUAAAUAGAAUAAAUGUCACUCAAUCUUUUUAUUUAAGUCUUGUGCCGCUCGAUAAUUCCUGGGAUUGAUACGUAUUUUAGGAACUCGAAAUACGAAUGACAGCUAAAAUUUGAUUUUCGUGUGAAAAACUAAAGGAAUCCUGCCCAGAUCCCAAUGUUGGAGCUCGUCGUGCUCUUUCUUCUUGGUUCGGUGACCUAUUUCUGUGCCCACCUGGAAGGCCCGACCACAAAUUGGGCAUAUUUCUAUGCAUCUUGUCCAAUCAUCAUGGGAUUACUAUCCGCUGGACUGGUUUACAUAAAUAAAUAGAAACAGGCGUCACAAAGAAUUAUUUGAAAAAUAUGAAUUUAUUUCGGCGGAGUGUUCAAAUAAAAAUGUAUUAAACUAUUUAAAAACAACAAAUAAUUAUGAUGACUUGGCAUGAGA